GCCACCCCUCCGCGCCUCCCUGCUCCAGGCCAUGGCGGCGGUGGCUUGGGGACGGUACCUCCCUCGGGUGUGGCUCCGCAGGAGCGCCGGGCCGGGCUGCGGCCGCCACUACCGCGCUGCGCUCUGCGCCGCGCUGAAGCAGCCCCUGGCCAUCCAGGAGGUCGCCCCCCGCCCCGUCCGGCCUCACGAGGUCAGAGUGGAGGUCCAUUUCUGCGGUGUUAAUUUUGCUGAUAUUUUGGUCUGCCGUGGUCAGUAUCAGGAAAAGCCUCAACUUCCCUUCACACCUGGAAUGGAGUUUUCGGGGACAGUAUUGGAGACAGGCGCAGCUGUCAGCACAGUGAAAGAGGGAGAUCGAGUUAUUGGCGUGAGUGGCUUUAAUGGUAUGGCUGAAGAAUGCAUCAUUGAUCAAAAGACACUGUGGCAGAUUCCAGAAAGGGUCCCCCUCCGAGAAGCUGCUACCCUGCCUGUAUCUUACGUCACUGCCGUUUUGGCCCUGGAGCAUCGGGCAUGUACUCGGCCUGGAGAAACCGUCUUAGUGACAGCAGCAGCUGGAGCCACGGGCCUUGCAGUGAUAGACGUGGCGACAAAUGUUCUUCAGGCUAAGGUAAUAGCUGCAGCCGGAAGUGACGAGAAGUGCAGGCUGGCGAUGCAGAAGGGGGCACAGUCCGUCGUGAACUAUAGUCAGGGCAGCCUGAAGGAGGCAGUGAGGAAGCUGCUGGGCAGUAGUGGGGUGAACGUGGUCAUCGACACUGUGGGAGGAGACGUCUUCCUGGAGGCGCUCCGCAGCCUGGCCUGGGAGGGCAGGAUUGUGGUGGUGGGUUUUGCUGGAGGAACCAUUGCCUCUGUGCCGGCCAACCUUCUGCUCCUGAAGAACAUCUCUGCCAUGGGGCUGUACUGGGGCCGAUACAAGGAACAGAACUUUCCCGUCUUCUCCAGAAUCCUGUCGUCCGCUCUUCAGUACUGCCAGGAAGGGCGCAUCCAGCCCCACGUCGGAGCGGUUUUUCAGCUGGAGGAGGUCAAUGAUGCCUUCCUUCAUGUGAUACAGCGCAAAUCCACCGGCAAGGUGCUUAUCUCCAUGAAAUAAAUCCUCACCUUGGCAGCAAAUUCAGCAUGUCCAAAUCCAAGCUCCUCAUCUUUCCAAAAACCCUCAUUUCCCUCCUGUGUUUCUAAAAGUGGGACCGCUUUCCUUAUUAAUCCAGGUUCAAAAUCUUUUAGAGACCUCUUCGAUUCUGCUUUCUUAUUCCUUGUAAUUAGUGUGACACAUACUUUAUUGUCCUAACUUGGCCAUCUUUGAGAGGGAAAGGAGGCUGUUAGUAACUACACCCAGCAAGCAGGCGCCCCAGGCAAAGCGUGAUGGCCAUCCUUUUCCUAAUGCCUCAGUGACCAGGUUCUGUCAUCCCCAACUCUAAGAUAUCUCUCACCUCUGUAUCCUCUUUUCCAUUCCAACUAAUUAUGUUUCAUCUGCUAAUUCCAAUUACCUUCUGACUGGCUUUCCAACCUUUAAAUGCCCCCCACCCGUCCAUCCUUGUUAUACCUUAUUGCCAUGCUGACCUUCCUAAAGUACUGCCAUGAUUGUGUCUCUACUCGGAUAACCUGCAAUGGCUCCCCUUGAACAUGGCGGAGUUCAGACACCUCAGGCUAGCAUUUUUUUUUACGUCCAUGACCUUGCCACGUUCGGCUCUGUGAUCUCAUGUUACACAAUGCCUCGGGCCCCUCCGUAUGCACUUAGAUUUCCUACCAACCCCCUUUGCUCUGUUCAAGCAGUUUCCUCUACUUCCUUGUCCCUGUCAAACAUAAACCUUUCUGACCUUCAAGACCAACCUCUGCCAUGAGCCUGUCCCCUCAGGAGGCAGGUCAUUUCUUCCCUUCCUCCUUCCUGUAGCUUUCCCCCCGAGAUUUGUCACAUUCUGCCUUGCACUGAAGGGAGCAGCGUGUCUAGCAGAAUGAACACAGGAUUCUGAAUCUAAGAUGUGGGUUCGAAUCCCGGUCUUACCACUUUGGAGGUGAUUACUUAAGGUCUGUGAGCCUUCAUUUUCUCAUUGUAAGGUGGAUAUUACACUAUCUACCUCACAGCAUUGCCAUGGGCAAUACGUGCAGUGAUUGGGCAAAGUACCUGUUGCGAGGUGAGCUAUUAGCAAACGCUAGUUACUUUCACUUCUUUCUUUCCUCCUUUCCCAAGGUAGCAUACAUUUUUUGAAAGUGGGUACCAUGUCUGAUUCACCUUUGUACCUCCCACAAUACCUAGCACAAUGAGAGGUAAAUAUGCAAUAAAUCGAAUUGAUUAUAAAUUAUCUACAAGUCUUAAACUGUGGGAGUAAGUUAAGAAUAACAAACCAAUGUCCAUCAACAGAUGAAUGGAGAAACAAAAUGUGGUAUAAACACACAGCAAUAUUAUUUGGCCUUAAAAAGGAAUGAAAUUCUGAUACAUGCUAUCACAAGGAUGAACUUGAAGAUGUUAUGCUAAGUGACAUAACCCAGUCACAAGAGGACAAAUAUGGUGUGAUUCCACUUAUAGGAAGUACUGAGAGUAGUCAAAUUCAUAGAGAUAGGAAGUAAAUGGUGGUUGCCCGGGGCUGGGGGGAGGCCAAGCUGGGGGGUUAUUGUUUAGUGAGUACAGAGUUUCUGUUUGGGAAGACGAACAAGUUUGGGGAAUGGACGGUGAUGAUGGCUGCCCAACAAUGAUGAUGUACUUGAUGUCACUGAACUGUACAUGGAAAAAUGGUUACAGUGAUAAAUUUUAUGUCAUGG